AUGCGCAAUCACUUCCGCUUGCUGCGAAAAAAUAGUCUGUGGCUGCCAGUGAACGAACAAGACGUGUGGUGGAGAAGCUCCACGCUGUGUGUCGAUCGGUUUACCGCGUGGACGGCGAAUCUGUCCGGUCGUCGAAACCGCAUUUGGCCACGGACGGAACAAAGACCGGCGGGAAAGAAAGACGCUCGACGGUGCGAAACACCAGUGGCACGACGAGCACGCGCGCAGGAAGACCCGAAUCGCAACGAAGAACCACAGAUCAGCGCGAUUCCGGCAGCAGACACGGAACGCAAGAGAAGCCCAGAGGUGCGAUUAAAAGCAGGCGCAGCCGCCAGAAGAUACACCGGCAUCGGCAGCUCACCACUCCCACAUCAUCGGGCUCGGCCCGAACGGAAUCCGCGCGGAAGAAGACGCAAAAAAGGCCCCAAAAAGGGGCCUUUUGUGUGGAGUUUUCGCUCGACGGGCGCAGCAUCGCACGGAGCAAGUGGCAAUCGGCCAGCAUCGCCGUCGGACACUGUGACCAGCGGCGGAUCGGCUGGGCGAGCGGACAUCGGCCGAAAUCACUGGCGAACGUUGUGCCUACGGCGUUUCGGCGGAGCGGCGAGUGGAAGACAUUCAUCACAUCGGCUCGGAGAAGUCGUGUGCCAGCGAGCCGGAUUUGAAGAACGGCGACGUGCGCCGAGGAGCAGCAUCGCCAAGGGCGGUGGCGGAAGAACACAGCUGGAUGAGCGGGCUGAGCAGCACGCGAAGGGGGUAGGAAGAACAGUGGCGCCACUGGUAAGAAGAAAACCGCGCAUGUCUCGCGCUUAGAUAUUAAGAGAAAGUCAAGGCUUGCUAGGAAAGUUUAGGCUACGGUAAAGAACAUGAAGCCCGAGGGGCAACGUGGGGUGUUGGUACGGUAAAUACAAGCAUGUGAGCCAAAAUGUUUGCUAUGUUGGGUAUUUUAUUGAGCUAGC